AUGAAAGCGGCGCAGAAACGUGGACGAACGGCUCUGGAAACGCCGGUCAAUGCAAGGCGCAAGUCAUCGCGAUCGCAAGGCCACAAACGCACCGUGUCGACCAGCUCCGCUACCGUGACCGCAUCAGCAAGUAACAAGGCCAAGAACUCGUCUCGCCGGCACAACAAGGAUCAGUCAGAUGACGAUGACGAAGCAAACCUGUUUAUGAGCUCAAAGGCAAACGGUGGUACUGGUGUAACAGAAGAUGAGAGUGAUUUUGAGGCGGAUCAGCGUAAUGCUGCGUACUGGAAGUACAGGUCCAUAGAAGACAUUCAUACGAAGGGUACCGACGAAGAACAAGAGGACGCGGAGUCUGUUGAGGAGCAGGAAGACGAGGGGGAGGCAGAACCGGUGUCAAAGCGUCGACGCGUGAACGCAAAGCACCUUCCCCACUACUCCGAAGGCGGUUGCGAAGGACCUUCCACCGCGGAAAAAGGUCAACAAGACAACUCACUCACGGCGCCACUCGACACAAUCAUCCCGCAGUUCGACUCCGCCGUCUGA